CGUGGCCUGACAGUCGUUUAGGAUGGAUCGUAGAACAGUGUUCGUUUCUGUAUUGCUCGCCGCAGUGGUGUCAGCCACCGUCCAGCAGGAAGACAACCUGCUGGAUAGAGUGCUGGAGAAUUGUACGUUCGGUAAUGGCGCCAUGCGGUGCCUCAAGUCCAACGUUUUGGAAUACUUAGAGGGCCGCGGGGCCCGAGCUAACGUGGUCGACUCGGACUUGGACGAAGAGCUGGUCAAGGCGACUAGCAGAUACAUCGAGCGGCAGGUGUACGAGGUGGACGUGCCCGGGGCCAAGCUGGUGGUCAGACCCGGCAGGGACAUGGACGACGGCGCGAUGGACAUCAUGCCGGCGCAGCAGAGCACCACGACGACGACGACAGCCAGAGCCGACAUGGAAAUGGGAAUGAUGCAAGACAAAAUGUUAAUGCCACUACUUAUGAUGAUGAAGAUGAAGAUGAAGAUGUUGAUGCCCAUCAUGAUGGCCAUGGUCAGCAUGAAGGCGACGAAAGCUUUGAUCCUCAGCAAAGUAGCCGUCAUCUUGGUGAUUGGCUUUCUGGUCAAGGAGUUCAUGAAAAAGUCCGGCGGCCUCCCCGGGCUACCCAUGUUGCAUUUACCCUUGGGUAUGUCCCCGGCCGAGCCUUCGACCACCGGCACUCCUAUGUACGGGCCACCCCAAUCGUCCGGCUACGAGUCAUCUAGCUCGUGGGAACCUUCUGGUUACUCCUCCGGUUCGAGCGGUUACUCUGCGGGCAGCUCGAGCGGUUACUCUGCGGGCAACUCGGCGUACUCGUCCGGUCAUGGCCAUGCGUCGGACUCUGCGCAGUCCUUGGCCUACAGCAGUUAUCUGCCGUCGUCGUCCGGAUCGUCAUCCAGUUCAUCGGCAACCAAAUACUAAUACUUAGACAUCGAUAUACUAAGUUAGUAUUUGCUCUUAAUUUAUUUAUAUCUCAGGUAUAGCUCAAGUAAUUUAUUUCACGAUUAUUGUUAAAAAUAAAAUAUAUUAUAAUGUUUGCUCUUGAA